AUGGAUUAUACCGUGUAUCGGACUGAUCGAUGCUUGAUGACUAGCACCAAAGCAAAGGGUGGAGGAGUUCUCAUCGCUGUGCGACGAUCUUUGGCAUCGGCAUUGUUAAUUCAAGCUAUGGAUGAUUCGCUUGAGCAGCUCUGGGUAACGAUUAAAACUGAUAAACUGAACGUUGUAAUCGGCGCUAUUUACAUUCCUCCUAAUUUGCGGAAUGAAGUCGAGAUAAUCGAUCGGCAUAUUUCUUCAGUGGAAAGAGCUGUUAAUUCUACUAGUAUUAACGACGAUGUUCUUAUUUUUGGUGACUACAAUCGUGCCGGCUUAUCCUGGUCGAUUCACACUGAUGGAAAUUAUCUCUUCGUUGAUGCUUCGCGCUCAUCCAUAAAUGCAGUUAGCUCCCAUUUAUUGGACGGUAUGGCUUUUCAGUGCAUGCACCAGAUUAAUCCUGUUUGCAAUCAGAAUGGCAGGUUUCUCGAUUUAGUCUUUGUAAACUCGCAUGCUUUACCAGCAUGUUCAGUCACUACUGCACCCGACCCUCUCUGUAACAUUGACGUACAUCACCCACCAUUGAUGGUUAGUUUCGACAGACCUGUUGAGGGUCUAUUUAUAGACGAAUUUGAUUCAUCCAGUUUCGAUUUUCGACGCGGAAACUAUGAUGCUAUCGAAUCAGAAUUGAGAGGUAUCGACUGGACUUUUAUCAACCGAAGUACAGAUUUGGAUGAGGCCGUGUCUGGAUUUACUGAAUUCAUUCAGGAACUUAUACAUCGCCAUAUUCCCAAAGCUCGUCCUCGUCGUAAGCCUAUUUGGGGAAAUAGACAUCUAACUAAACUUAACCGCCUUCUCGAUCAUACAAAACACUAUCGUCUGUACACGAUGUUCGUGCGUAAAACGAAACGCAGCCUACGCUUAAAUCCGAAAAGCUUCUGGAGGUUUGUUAAUUCGAAGCGUAAGGAAGAAGGAUUACCAUCUAGUGUGUUCCUGCUAAAUAGUGAAGCGUCUACUAACAACAGUAAAUGCGAUUUGUUUACCGAGCACUUCGCUAGCGUUUUCAACAAGGAGCACGCUUCACCUAACGACAUUGCCGCGGCAAUGGCUUCUGUGCCGAGCGACGUUUUCAAUGCCGAUGUCUUCGAGAUCACAAUCGGAGAGGUUUCCAAAGCCAUCUGCGAUCUGAAACAGUCCUACUCCCCUGGACCAGAUGGCAUUCCUGCUGUACUCCUGAAAAAAUGUGCUGGAAGUUUAGAGUCACCGCUUGCUGCUAUUUUCAAUCUUUCCUUGCUAAAACAUCAAUUUCCCCGUAAAUGGAAAGAGUCGUUAAUGUUUCCGGUAUAUAAAAAAGGUGACAAACGAAAUGUCGAAAAUUUUCGUGGUAUCUCAUGUUUGUGUGCCUGCUCCAAGGUUUUCGAAACUAUUAUGCAUCAUCAUCUGAUGUUCAGCGUGAAGAACUACAUCUCUACUGCACAGCAUGGGUUUUUCCCUUGGGCCGCUACUCUUUUCGCUGUUCAUAAAUGA